AUGCGUUGCAGUUUGGGCUCAAGAGUCGCGGGUGGGAGAAAAAGAGUAGCCGGGCUUCAAAGAAUCUACCUCCAAGCCAUGUCCAAGAAGUCCCCGGGAGAUUUCAUCAAGCAGGUCUUGGGCCGCCCCGUCAUCGUGAAGCUGAACAAUGGUGCAGACUACCGUGGGAUCCUGGCCUGCCUUGACGGCUACAUGAACCUCGCCAUGGAGCAGACAGAGGAGUAUGUGGACGGUCAGCUCAAGCACAAGUACGGUGACACCUUCAUCCGCGGAAACAACGUUUUGUACAUCAGUGCGCAGCCGAGGAUUUGGCAGGCCUUGCCAACGCAUUUGUUGAAACAGGUGGGCUUCUUCACAGCCUGCUGCCGUGCCAAAACGCCGUUCAUAGGCCGUGCCCUCACGCCACUGUCUGACCUCGGCAGCACCAAAGGCAGCCUUGGCUCGGAGUCUGUUCGGAGCAUGUGGCAGAAGUCGCAGAGGCCAAGCCGGGCUGGAAGCAAAAAGCCGCCCUGGUUGCAGAAGUCCAUCUUCGGAGGGCGCCCCUUCGAUCCGUCUGGGAUGGGCCGUGAUCAGUUGAUGCAGGAAGCCAUCUCGAACCGACGAAAGCUCAAAGCCAACGAGUCGGAUGUGCUUUUCAAGAAGGCAAAUGCCGCUCGGGCACUCGCUUUGGAUCGACAGAGGGCCGAAGAGAAGCGAAAAGAGCAGAAGGAGUCGCUGCAGGAUCUCAAUGCGAGACGACGGUUGGAUGUCGAGAGGCAGCUGGUCCGGAUCUUCACGCCGAUCCCGCGCCCGCACGAGCACCUGCCGGUUUACUGCCAGCGGUUGAACGUCGAUUUGACCGUCACUACCAGGCAGAUCAGAAAGAACAAGGGCGCGAAGGGGGAGCCGAUUCUUUUUGUCGAGAUUGACAGCGUUCAUCAGUUGGAAAUGCUUCAUUUGUGCAACCAUUACUCUUCGCUCAUGCGGCCUUUCGUGCAAGCAGGCGAGACCGAGAUCGGUUCUAUCUUGACCCGUCCUGCCUUCUGCAGAAUGCUCAUCGAACUCACCUUUGCUGACACGCAUGGUGGAAUCAUGUACCACACGGCCAUCGACAUCUUCGACGGUCUAGCAGCACAGCACUCCGUCAAGGGCUCGCCGCUGACGGGUGCGCUCGUCCUCGGCAUACCGGUCGACGACCAUAGUGAUCGGAUCAUCCAGCUCUUCGCGAACAUCCUGGCCACAGCAGCCCGCGAGAGCAAGCACGGCGUCACGGCCGAUGAAUUCAAGGCACAUCUUUUCGAUUGCCUGAUGCCCGCCGCAGAGCGAAAGUGCCGGCGGAGGCAAAGACAUAUCGCAGCGCAGCUUGCAUACGGGAAGGACAUCUAUCGGAUGCCACUGGGGGGCGCCGGCGGUACGCAGGUUGAUGAGGAGUUGGAGAUUGUUCCGGAGAAGCAGGAGAAGGACCCCUUCUCCCGGAACGCCACCAAGUCGCGCGCAAACCGGGAAAGCCAGGAGUCCUUCAAUCUGCCGCCCACCGUGGCAGCAAGCUGGCCCCUAGCGCGGCAUAGGUCCAGUGGGGGCAUCCCGCCUGCCUUGGAGAUCGAUGCUCGAAAUUUUUCGAAGGGCACGACGAACUUGUCGGAGGAUCCAAGCGACAUUGGUAUGUCUCCGCUUAUGCGCGAUGACUUCAGCGUCAUCUCUGAGCCCGACGAUGACGAUGGCAAUCAGGAUCAGACCGAAGAAGAGGCUCUCUAUGCUCACACGUGCAUGGUCUCCAAAGGAGAAUACCUGACGAGCGACCCGGUGAAAAGCACGAACUGUCGCCUCUGUGGAUUGCAGGCUUUUGCCUUUUACAGCAAAGGCAAACACCACGGAAUCAUGGAGAUUAGUUGCAACCCUGUGUACCUGGACACACAGACCUCCUUUCUGCAAACACCGGCGGCCUGCCAUGGGCACAUGUCCAACGAGGCAUUCCUUCAGUUCUGCAUCGACUUCCGGUUAUUCCCGCAAAUCAUCGAUUUCAAUUCGCUGAAUUGCUAUUACCAGUCGGCGGAAAGCAUCAUCGAAAUCACUCGCGAAGAGGUGAAGAGAUGUACGAAGAAGGACCUGGCGGUCCUAGUGGGAUCACACCUCGGUGUUACGGGGCUUGGUGUUGGCAUGUUCUUGGGUGUUGAGCAGUGCGCUGACGCAGAGGAGGCAGCAUUCCAGGUUGUUUUGGACCUAUUGCAGGCUUUGGUUUCGAGGUUCUUCGCUGCGAAGUUCUUGCGAGUGGGUAGGGAAGCUAGGGCGUGGUGUGUCGUUGCAUUCGACAUCUUUGUGCAUGGGAAGAGCAUGGAAGUGCCAUCUCCGGACUUCCCACGUUGCCUUCACUGGUCUGCGUUGCUCAGGGUGCCCGCCUUCAUGCGCCAGGGCAAGAACGGCAAGUUGAGGCCGGGCGAUGCCCUGAAGGUGAUUGCGGUUGACACUUCCGACGUCGACGCGGAAGCCGUGCUGGUGAUGACCGCCCGCCUGAAGAAACUCUGGGUCAAGAUGGGCCAGAUCAAGAAGGCCGAGAAAGACUUCGUCUCCUCGGAGAAGGCCAAGACAACUGCCAAGGUGGCCUCGAAGGCUACGUGGAUCAACAAGGACUUCGAGGAAAUGACGGAGUUGGAAAAGAGAAGCCUGACGAUUCUAUCGUCUUUCGCGGACUACAUGAGCAGCCGCAAAGUGCGAUCGAAAGACUUCUUUAGCAAGUUCGACGAGAGCGGUGAUGGCUCCAUCGAUGCGGAGGAGCUGAUGAAAGGUAUCACCUUCAUGUCGCUCGCCGGCAACCUCCGCACGUCAAUCUCGACGCCGGCGCCGGACCUCAAGGAAGUGGAGCAGCUCUUCAGGCUUAUCGACGCCGACGGGGAUGGAACGCUGGACUACAUGGAGUUGGAUAUCGUGAUGAAGACGGUGCAGGAGCGCAAGUCUAAACAAGCCAAGGCGAGCAACUUCUUUGUCAAGGACGAAAUCGAGAUGAGCGACUUGGAGAAGCUCGCUACCGGCUUCUUCGUUCCUCUGUGGAACUACUUCGAGGCCAACAAGUGGACCGUGAAGGACUUCUUUGCUAAGUUCGACACAGCGGGCCACGGUCAUCUUAGACUCUCGGCCAUCUUGAUCAUUUGGGAAGAGCUCGGCUUCACUUGCAGCUUCGAGAAGUUUGACCGUGCUAUGAUGCUCCUCGAUGCCAACCUCGACGGCGCCAUCAGUCCCGAAGAGCUCAUGAAAGUGAUGAACUUCGUGAAGGUUCGCAUGGAUCUUCUAAAUCGGAGGGCGCAGAAGAAGGAGGAGCUCGCCAACCCUUUUGCCAAGCAAGCGCAAGUCGAUAGCAAGUCCGAGGAGAAGAACUACAAGAUUUCUUGUUUUGGUCUCAAGGCCUUCAUCGAGUCUGUGUUGCGGAUGGGUUUGGGCCACUUGUCUUUCCACGGGACACCGGAGCAGUCUACGCUGCCUGCCACCACCAAGGCCCUGUGGAUCAUCACGCACAUCCAGCAGCAGCUGGAUGAUGCCCAAGACAAGGGCGAGAGUGGCGAGGAGGAGGCUGACAACGAGUAUCACAUGGACGUGAACAAGCGGGUGGCUUGGGAGGCAGCCUUGCAGCAGUUCGGCAACAAGAGGCGCUCGUUGGACAAGGUGCUCGAAGAGUUCCGCCAACUCGGCUUCAAGCCCAGGAAUGAGGCAUCCGGUGGCGAAGAGGAUGAAGAGGAGGUGAUCGACGCGUGGAAGGGCGUAGCGCCCAUCGAUCGCGCGUCAAGGCAGAGCGUCCCGACCUCUUCAAGAACGGUCCCGUCAAGAAGCCCGUGGUUAUUGGCAAGAACUGGGAGCGGCAGGGCACCUGUCCUGACUGCCGGGUCGAGCCUAUGA